CACCGCGGCCCUGAGGGGCCGCCCAAGGACGGCUCGGCGCGGGGCCGCUCCGGCUGCCCUCUGCCGUUCCCUGCUUCCCUCUGCCGUCCCUUGCUGUUCCCUGCCUGUCCCUGCCUCCCCCUACCUACCCCUGCCUCUCCCUGCCGUCGCCUGCCUCCCCCUGCCCUGCCUUCCCCUGCUUCUCCCUGCCGUCCGUGCCGUGUGCCUGCCCGGGGACGGUGUGCGCCGGCACCUCGGGCUCACGGUCGGCAUGCUCGAAGCCUCUGUGCCGGCUGGAAAAAGCCCGCGGGAGUAGUGCCGAUGGAUGCGAUUCUGAACUGCAGCGCGGAGGAUUUGGAGGAUUACUACAACUUGCUGGGAUGCGACGAGCUGUCGACGGUUGAACAAAUUCUUGCAGAAUAUAAGAUUAAAGCCCUUGAAUGUCAUCCUGACAAGCAUCCUGGAAACCCCAAAGCAGUGGAGAGUUUCCAGAAGCUGCAGCAAGCUAAGGAGAUUCUCACUAACGAAGAGAGCCGGGCGCGCUACGAUUACUGGCGACGAAGCCACAUCACCAUCCCCUUCCAGCAGUGGGAGGCCCUGAGCAGCUCCGUGAAAACGUCAAUGCACUGGGCUGUCCAAAGUAAGAAGGACCAAAUGCUGGAGGCCCCUGACUUCAGUAAUACCAACAUAACUAAUGAGAUUUGGACCCAACAGACGGAAAACAAUGAAGACGGAUUGUUGGGAGGGAACAGAGAACAAGAUGAUGUUGCAAUUCCUGAUGUGAAACCACAGUCUUCAAAGAAUCCAGACUCCCCAAGAUUUUCAGAGGGAAAUUACUGGCACUUGCGUUUCCGCUGGUCAGGUGAUGCUCCAUCAGACCUGCUGAGGAAAUUCAGAAACUAUGAGAUCUAAAAUGCAAAAUAUACCAGAGCAUGAGAUCACGUGUUCGACAGUGCAGUAUUUUUGUUUGUCAGCAGUUAUAAGUUAUUUGUGUUUUGUAUUCACUCCUUGUAACGUGAAUGUUGUUCCAAUCAAUGUCUAAAUACUGGUUUAACACACGUGCUGUGAGCAUUGCAGGUGGAGGUCUUUUUGUUUAACAAGCAAAGCCUUUUCAGUAUUAACAUGAAAUGAUUUUGUGAAGUUAUCUAGUAUCUUAUAUAUUGUUUCUUGUAUUCUGAAAUACUGUGUAGUGGUUAAUAUUUCUCUGAGUGCUGCGAUGUUAUAAAGAACAUACUCUCAGUAGAACCAAAAGCCAGUGUUGGACUUCAGGGUAUCAUUCUGUUCAGAGAUGACCAUCCUAAAGCUCUUUGACAAUGAACUGUAAACAAAACUGUGCUUAUUUCUGAACUCUGUGCUCUGGUUCACUUCUCCAUGGCAUUGUACGCACUGCAGUGAUUUAUAAUGCAGGCAGUCACAAACUUAACUUGUUGGAGAAUUGUGAUCUUAUGAUAGAGAUGAAAAAAGAAGGCUCUUAUUAUCCAAGAAGGUCACUGUGAUAGAUCAAACACUCCUAAAAUAUCUCUUAAUUUCUACCCUAACGAGUACAGCUAUUUGCACCAGCUAUUUAUUUUGGAAGGCAGUUCCAAAACUUUACUUGUCCAGGUAGCAAUGUUUUUUAAUUAAGAUUUAUUGGUGGACAACUGAUCCUCCUUGUUAUGUGUGCCAGCAUUGUCCUUUGGCUUCACAGCAAUUUCCCCACCCUGCUCAGGUGGGGGUAGACAUGGUUUUAUCAGGAUUUUGUAUGGUAGGAAUGAAGAAUCAGAGAAGUCAGCACUAAUGUGUACAAAAUCUCACAUGCUAGGUUUUUGAUAUUUUGGGCAGCUUCUCAAAUUCUACAUAGUUGUUUAUUUAUUUUGUAUUUGCUUUCUUCUUUGCAAAUCUGGCUAAUAUGUCAGACUUUGUGGUUUUGUGUAGGCAGAUAAUUCCAUCAGCAGCAAAUAAAACUGCCUGCAUAGAGAAAAGGGGUUGCUUUCAUCUUUUUAAUUAAAUCUUUCACCCACCACAGAGAUCCCUUUAGAAUUUCUUAUUAUUUGUACCCUCAAGUGAGUGAAAGCUUAAGAGAUCUUAAGUUAUGCAUCUUGGGCAUCUCACUGGGAAGUAUAACCUGAAAAGUACAGUGUUCUGCCACCAUGGAAACAAUGCUAUGAUGAUGUCUGUCUCCCUCAUGCAGGGCUGAUGUGCUGAUUGACCUACUGAGCUUCUCCUUGCAUAUUUUGCAGCUGGAAACAUUUUAGAGAUGAGAUUAAUAAUUCUCUAAUAUCUGGUAAAUGUAAUCAGUCUUUUUUUUUAGUGCAUGUGCUGCUUUACUUCAUACAAAGGUAUUUGCUCAAGAAAGACUUUCAGUCCGUAUUAUAAAGAGGGAUUGUAAACAGUGUCAAACAGUAGUAAUAGAAGAAACUCUGGUUCAUUUGAAGGAUAUACAGUAAUAGGGAACAAUUUUCCCUCUAACAAAAAAAUGGGAAUGCAGCCAGCUGGAGCACUUCGAAUCAGGUGGCAGCUCAGAUUCUCCUCUCACCAUUUCGCUUGCCAGUAAAAGUGAAAGGGGGUAGUUGGAUGGAUGAUUUAGCACUUAAUGAGCUGGUUUCUCUUGAGAAGUGAGUACACAAUAGACCUUUGAACAGCAGGCUCAUUGUUGGUGUCAUUAAAACUGAUGUCGUGAUUAGCCAAUUGUUGCACGGUUUGUUUUGGCAAAGAACCUUUGGGUGUUUGUUCUGGAUGAAUAAUUGCAGAUAUUUGGAAGACUCUUAGCCUAGUGAAAGUUGAUGGCAAAACUUGUGUUUUGCAAUGUGCCUGCUAGAGAUCAGUACUGUAAUUUGUAUUUGCCCUCUGAAGAGGGCAGGUUAUAACUGGUGCUCCAGAACACCAAUACCAUCAAUACAGCCUUUUUUCUUUUUCUGUUUCUCUGUGUGUUAAACUUGAAAUGGUUCUGUAUUUCUCAACUAGAGUUGAAUUAACCUAUUCCUAGCAGAGCAAACCCAGGGAUACUGGAAGGCCAGAGGACCUUGUGCAGCUUUUUGCUUUUUUUCCCCCCAAAAAACAGGUGGGAGCUGACCUGUUGGCCAGUAACAAUAGUUAGCUGGAAUAAGUGGGCAGCCUAGUUCUUCAUCAUGUAAGAAAGUAAAGAAAUAAACACCUGACAAAUUAGUCAGUGUUAGAUGACUCAGGGUCCACCCUCCGAGGGUAAGCUGCUUCUUUGCCUUUUUUUUUUUUUUUUUAGAAGUUUUUCUGCUAGUAGCAUGAAAAGACCCAGCAAAUAUUCCCCAUGACAUUUUUAUCUACAGUGUGGUGCCUCGGCCUGGGCAGUGCUGAGCACGUUACACACUCCACAUGCUUAAAUUUUGACUGGGUCGGGAGUUGUGAGGUGGAUCUCAGGCUCUGAGAGGAUGUGAUAAUGAGCCAGUGGUCAGGUGUACCUGGUUUUCAGUGGCACACAGAGAAUUUAACUUGCUUUACAAAGUGGAAACAGCUGCAAGAGGUUGGUUGUGGGGGUGGGGAACAACAGCGACAAACCCAGACACCACAUGUUAGAUUAGGGCCCUUGAGUCUCAAGCUGGAGGAAGAGGGCAGUUCUCUACAAGUGAUGGUAAGGUCUCAUUUUCUUUUUUAGCACUUCUUGUGAGUUGUUUAGGUGGGUAACAAAGGGCUCUGAAUGCUCUGGGUACCUGAGAGGUCUGACUUGGUGUGUGCUUCCAUCACAACUGAGCAUUACCGUGCUGGAAUGCUACAGCUCUGAAUGACUUGGUAUGAGAAUAAACUGAGAGGUGAGCCCAGCUCCUCUGGAGUCCAGUCAGAAGUGUUAAUAAAGCUUGGCCAUUACUGCACUUGUGAGGGCUGAAAAGCUUCAAUGUGGAAGUUAUGAGAUAGCAGAUGGGGGUGCAGGUGGAUGAUGACAAUAAAAUACAGAGAAUGGGGCAUGUUGUUGAAUGCUGUGUUUGAGACUGUAUUUGUAAGAUCAGAAAUUAAGCAACUAUUUAGCCAGUUGUUUACAGUGUAACUGAGCAGCUGGGGGGGACCCUUGAAUUAUGUAAGAUUAUUAUAAUUUUAUUUACUGCUGUCGUACUUGUUGUGCAAAUGCGGAAUAUAUAAGACCGAGAAUGUUCUAGUUCUUGACAAACUUAUUGUUUUGUGAGUAUUUGCUAGGUUGUUUUGCCAACAUUUCCCAAGUAGCAAUGUAAGAAUUAAAGUUUGGAUGAUGAAUACAGACAGUAUAUGACUUAAAAUCUCAGGCUGAGUAAUGCUGAAUGAUAGGUAAGGUUGUUUCCUGAAUGUUCUUUUUGUCUUUAAAUGAGAUUUAAAAAAAAAAAAAAAGUAGUUUAUAAGUUUUAUAGCAGAAGCAAGUAUGCUGAUGAUGAUUGAAAUAGAUACUGGGUAGCUUUAAUUUCCUGAGCAUGAACAUUGCUAUCUUACCUUCCCAGCAGGCUCAUCUCUCAUUUCAGGAUAUGAAAGUGUAAGCAGUGAGGCUGUUGUAAAGCUGAUGAAAUUACACAGCUAAAGAUAAAGCACCUCAGUAAGUUGUCAGGCUCUGUCACUGUCAGAUGGGGAGACAUUUAUCAGUUAGUUCAUGCUGGGUAUUUUUGUGGCAGCCCAGUGUACACACUCCUCCUGCUGUUCCAGGAGUUGCCAAGCCUCCCCAUGAUGGCAGGCACUGGGUCUGUUUGUGCUUUCACCUUCACUGUGUUUAGUCUCGUCUCCUUCUCGUGUUAAUGAAGAUGAGACUCUUCAGGUGCUCUGUUUGUCCCAGCUUUGAAGGGUUUGUGUCUGAGUUAUUACGGUGGUACACAGGAUAAACUUGGAGCUUUUAAAUGUUUCAGUCUCUGAUGGAUAUUCUAACCUGUCACAGGUGAUGGAUGCUGGAAAAAAUGAUUUUUCUUUCCUCUGUUCCAACUUCACACUGGUUUGCUCUUUCUCCCUUCUUCUGGUGGAGCAGUAAGGGAGAGGGGCUACUUCCAGAAAAUGAAGUUUUUUGCCAAAGUUCAGAAGGUUUCCAGCUCUGAUAUGUGUUGUGGUACUCAGUGCUUUGGACGAAAUGAUUUGCCUGCUGCUUUGUCAAAAGUGCUUCUCUUAAAAUACAGAAGGACUCUUGGCAAGGACUCUUGGCACCAAAGGCAGACAGCUUUUCUAGGGAGAUGCAGUUUGACUCUUGGGCGUCAGUCCUUACAGAAACGACUUUGUUAGGAUUGUCAGAGCUGGUCAUUCACUUCAAUGGAGCCCCCAGAUUCUCGCUGGGUGGAGAGAGGACUGUCAGCUCCUCCUCUUCCUCACAGACUUUGUGUGAAUGAUGGCUCUGGGUGGGUGGUGGGCAGGAGAAUGAGCAGAAGGGCCCAGAGGAGUAAGAGACUGUUGCAGCUCAUUGGGUCUGGGUGCCUUUGGUGUCUUCUGCUACUUGAGGUCCUGAGCCCAGGACGCUGGUGCUGUGUCUGGAGCUUUAGUAGGCUGCUUGGCAGUCCUUACUUAUUUUCUUCUGUAAUUACAAAAAAUAACUGCAAUUAAAACCAUAUGAUUCUUCCCCUUUAGUGCCUUGAUGGGAACAUUUUCAUAACCCUCGCUGAUGGGUGAGAGUGGGAAAGAACUUGGGUAUUUGCUGCUGCUCUUUUUUCAGCUGCAAAGUUUGGGGGAAAAUCUCUUUCAAGUUGAAAAGGUUCACUGAAUGCAAAUACUUCCUUACACUGAGCAGAGUUUUGUUGUUUUUCUGACAGACUGGCCUCUUGUUUUUCAAUAUAAAAUUUAAAAUAACGACAUAUUUUGGUGUCAGUCAUUUGAUAUUUCCAGCCCCAGCAAGGUCCAGUGAAAAGGACAUCCUGAAGUAAACUUCCUAACAAAUGUUUAUUUGGGUUGGUGCUUUGUCUUCAGAUUUAUGAAAACAAUGAAACAUGUCUUUUGGAAAUAAGACCCUGAAACUGGUCAGAAAAAAACCUGUCAACUUCUUCAAUGAUACAGUGGAAAAGAAGGAUUAGCUUGGCCACUGUUUAGGAAUUUGAGUCUUUUAAUACUAUCUCUUUAUUAAUUUGGAAAGCCCCCCCAAACUGCGUUACACAACAUAGUGUUUCUCUCUUCUGUUUGAGAUUACAGAGGUGGGAAGAAUCUUCAAAUUAUAAAGGAAAAAAAAUAAUUUAAAUUCUUGGCUGAUUAAACAAAAUCAGGCCUUAUAUGUGGAAAAUAGGGUAGUUUUUUUAAAGUUAUCUGAAAUGUGCACACUCCCUCAAAAUUUUGAUAUUUUGCAGAGUGACUAACAUGUUGUACUGUUCUUAACACAAAAUUUUAAGCUGCUGUGAGAAUAUAAAUAUGCUAAGGAGAAAGUAGCACAUGUACUGCACCUUGGCAAAGGAUAUAUAAGUUGGUAUUGAAUUUAAAAACUGCCUCCUCUGCAAUGUCUGAGAUAAGAUGUGCAAUUCCAGUAUCCACUGGCACGUACUUUCACCUCUGUGAACUUAAGAGAAAUGCCUUAUAUUAUGGUCAUAUAUUACACAGUCCCAUUGUCAGUUAUUUAGCAGUUUAAAAUUCCCUUUAAAGUGUACCUUCUAACUUACAUGUGCCCUAACAGGAACAAACACCAAAAGCUGAAAUCCUUGGAAAGCCUGGUUAGGGAGCUUUUUGAAAUGUUCGUAUUUUGCUGCCAGCUUAAACAAUUGUUUGUUUGUUCCCUCUUUUAUUUUGUUCUGAGCAGGAAUAAAUCACUGUUUCCUUUUCUUC